AUGUUUCGCGCAACUAGUGUCUUUUUUCUUAUCGUCUGUUUCGUUUUCGGCAUACGCGCGGCCAACGUUGCGAUCCAAGUAGGAGUAGGGCCAGGUGGUUUUAGUUUUAGUCCUCAAAACGUCACCGUCAAUACUGGUGACACUUUGACAUUCACUUGGGUUAACGGAUUACAUAGUGUAGUACAAAACGAUGGCCCGGCCGGUAGCUGUACUAAAUCAUCCCGUGCUAGUAUUUUUAACAGCGGUCAAAUACCUAGUGGAACCUUCGUCUAUAACGUCACCGAAACUUCCGGCAACAUAUAUUAUUACUGCGAUGUCACCGGUCAUUGCGAAAGGGGCAUGUGGGGCGUAAUUACCGUUGGAGGAGGUUCCUCAGCCUCAUCGGGUCCCUCCUCAUCACCAUCACCCACAUCAUCUACGUCAUCUACUGGCUCAUCCAGCAAUACCUCGUCAACAGGUGCAACUUCAACUAAAUCAUCUGCCUCUAGCACUUCAACAUCAGUUGUUACUAUAUUGAUGUUGAUGUUGAGCGCGAUCAUAGCUUCUUUCUUGGCAUAA